AUUUUUCUCUUUUCUUUUUUCUUCUUACUUUCUUUUUUUUAUAUUAAACUCCCAUUAUGUUUUCUCUAUAUGAUGAUCUUCCUGCUCCCAAAUCGAAGACUGAUGAAGAGUCAAAUUCAAAUGCAACACAACAAACGACUUCACAGAAUGGCAGCAAUACAGCGUCAUCGUCAACAACAGCAACAACAAAAUCUGCUCCAACCGGUUGGUCCAAUAUACAACAAUUUAGACCAGUGAUGCGAAAACCAACUAUUCAAGCCAAACCAAAACUCUUCAAACCGGUUAUUCCGUCUGGUGCCACGAUUGUAUCCACUACCACCGUCAGCAAAGAAACGCCUUCCUCAACAUCUAAUAUACCUUCAAAUUCAUCAACCUCAAAACCAACUACUUCCAACAAUACAAAAUCUUCUACCAUUCUUCCAUUACAUACUAAAUCGUAUGUAUCCACAGCUGACGAUGUUAAUGGUUUUCGCCAAAACAAGAAAAAGGGCAAACAAGGUAAAUCAAACCAACAGAAUCAAGGUCCUCCACCAAUUGAUCUUUUUGAAGAUUAUGAUCCAAUGCGACCAACUGACUAUGAACAAUACAAAGAAGAACAAGAAAUUAUCAGACAGCAAGAAGAAAGACAACGAAGAUCAAGACGUUCAAGUUAUUCCUCAGAUGAAUCCUCCCGAUCUCGUUCACCAAGUCCUAGACGACCUACACGUGGAUAUGCUCCACCACCAGAUUUGUAUACUACUACAUCCUCAACAUCACCAACACGUAGUCGAUCUAGACAUCACUCACGGUCUCCAUCACCAACAUCAAAAUAUGGGCCAAGAUAUAUUCACCGUUCACCAUCACCUCAAUCAAUUUCAACAAAUACUCACGAUACACCAACUGUCCAUGAAUCUGGCGAUGAUGCCUACAACAGAAGAGUAAUGCUUGCUCAACAACAACAGCAACAACAACAACAACAACAACAACAACAAAAUCCAAGAUCAAUGGAUGGAAGUACGGCAUGGAAAAUGAUGAACAAGUAUGGUUGGCAAGAAGGACAAGGAUUAGGCAGAGAUGAAGAUGGGAUUCGGGAAGCCUUACAAGUUCAAGCUCGUGGAGAUGGUAGUGGUGUGAUCUUACCUAUGCAACAACAGCAACAACAACAACAGAGGCAACAGCAACGUCAACUUAAUAAUAGCCGAGUGAUUGUUUUAAAGAAUAUGGUGGGCCCUGGUGAAGUGGAUGAUUUGCUAGAACAGGAAACAGCAGAUGAAUGUGCCAAGUAUGGACAAGUGGAACAGUGUCUUAUCUAUGAAGUACCUGAUGGUCGAGUUAGGGACGAUGAAGCCGUUCGAAUCUUUAUCAAGUUCUCCAAUCCUCAAUCGGCCAUGACUGCCAUUGGUGAUAUGCAUGGACGGUAUUUUGGUGGUCGUGUGGUCUCAGCAGAAAUCUAUGAUCAAGAUCGUUUUGACAAGUUAGAUCUAGCUCCAUGAACAUUUUAACAAAUAGUCAUUGUAGUUAUUAUUAAAUAAAUGUGGUGAUGAUAUAAUGAUGAUAGAAC